AAAAGUUUUUAAGUUCAUUUCAUCAGGAUGGUCAAACUUUACUUAACCAUCCCAACCGCCGAUUUCCCGCGAAAAUUUUUAUCAUUUCCCUGUCAAAAACUGAGUCAGCUCAGCUCGCCGAUUCGACACAGUAGCGAUCCCAACCAUCUAUCAUGUUCUUCCUCCGAGUUCACUCACUGGACACCGAUCACACUCUAAAAUUGGAAGCCACCGAGUUCACCACCGCCACCACCACUCCAUCAAAUCCUAACCCUAACCCUAAAUUCCGCGAACGCAGAGGCGAGGCUCACCUCUUCCGAAGCACAUCGCACUCCUCGCUCCCAAACCCUAGCUCCCGAUCCACUUUCCUCUUCAUCGUCGCCGUCCCUAACUAUCUCUCCUUCGACGACUUCAUCCGCUUCUGCGAGUCCCGCAUCGAUCACGUCUCCGAACUUCUCUUCAUCAGGAACGAUGGGAUGGAGGAUCGGUACAGUGUUGUGAUUAGGCUGGAGAACCAGUCAAUGGCUAAUGGAUUUUAUUGCAAUUUUAAUGGGAAGAAGUUCUCACCGGGCGAGGCUGAGGUAUGUCAUAUUCUAUUCGUGAUGUCUGUUGAGUACACGGAAUCGGAAGAGAUAGCCAGAACACCUCCUGCCGGGUGUACCAAGUUACCUACUUGCCCUGUUUGUCUUGAGAGAUUGGACGCAGACACUAGUGGAAUACUGAGAACAAUUUGUGAUCAUUCGUUUCAGUGUCCCUGCAUUUCUAAAUGGACUUACUUAUCUUGCCAGGUCUGCCGAUUCUGUCUGCAGCAAGAUGAGAAACCAGCUUGCUUUGUUUGUGAAACAUUGGAGAAUAUUUGGGUUUGUAUGAUUUGCGGUUUUGUAGGAUGUGGAAGAUAUAAAAAACGCCAUGCCAUUGAGCACUACAAGGAUACUCAGCAUUGCUAUUCUCUUGAUAUGCAAACACAACAAAUUUGGGAUUAUGUUGGUGACAAUUAUGUUCACCGACUGAAUCAGUCAAAAAUUGAUAGCAAGUUGGCGGGGAUGAGCUCUCCUUGUAUGUCAUUGGAAGGAAGUUGUGGUACUUGUGGAUGUAGUGAAGAUUCUAGCAUAAGUGGGGCCCUCUUUAGCAGCAAAGUUGAAGCAAUUAUGGACGAAUACAACCAUCUUCUUGCAAAUCAGCUGGAUACCCAAAGACAAUAUUAUGAAUCUCAAAUUGUAGAGGCCAAAAGUAAAGUGGAAAGUUCUAUUUCAGAAGCAGUGGAGAACGCUGUGACUUCCAAGAUGCAGGACAUCCAAAAUAAAUUGGAAAAGUUUAUUGAAGAAAAAAAUGCUGUUGCAGAUAUCAAUCGAGAUCUCAUCAAGAACCAAGAAAUUUGGCGAAAGAAGGCCAAGGAAACUGAAGAGAGGGAAGCUGCUUUACUGAAGUCGAGGGAUGAGAAGAUUCUUGAUCUGGAAGAACAGAUCAGAGAUCUAACCAUCUACAUGGAAGCCCAGAAAACACUUGGUAAUAUGACAGAUUCAGAUGGCAUCAGAGAUGGCACACUUCUACCAUUAUCUUAUAAGCAGUCUUCCCCGGCAAACGGUAGAAGGCACACAAAGGCAGGUCGUAGGCGGUAGAUGGUUAUCAUCUCAUUGCGUGUAAUGUAUAUUGAUAGCAUAACCAAAUAACCAUAUUUUCUUGAGUUGGAUAACGCGUCUUGUUGAGUGAUGUUGUAUAAAGAUAUUAAUUAGAUUUGGCAUAUGAAGCCAUUUAUUAGUCGUCAA